GUGACGUCAGGCUGGGGCUGGGCAGAGCCGCUGGAAAAACAUGUAACGGUGUAAAGAUACGCUGCACCUUCCCACGACAUAUUUUACUGAAGCUCAAUUCACCGGCAGAGAACAAUUCUCUUCUAUCACAUUGGGACUUUAUGGGGUGGUGGGGAAGGCCUCCACCUUGACGAGGCCACACACCCCACAGGAUGGACAAACAAGGAGCCAUGAGUACUCAGGGCAAGGUCAGCGGGCUCAAACCCCCCAGCAAAAUAGCCCGUCCAUCUGCGGCGCCCACAAAGACCUCUCCAUCCUCGGAUACUGCAAAGCCAGUCCCUCCAGAGAAGCCCCUGGGCAGCGUGACCUCCCCAACCCAGGAUGGGAGUGUGGACUUCCUGGUGGGAGAGAGGGUCUGGGUCAACGGCGACAAGCCCGGCUACGUGCAGUUCAUCGGGGGAACUCAGUUUGCUCCCGGGCAGUGGGCGGGGAUUGUGCUGGACGAGCCUAUCGGGAAGAACGACGGCUCCGUGGCAGGGGUCCGGUACUUCCAGUGUGAAGAUGGGAAGGGGAUAUUCACACGGCCUUCUAAGCUAUCAAAGACUGCUCUGCCAGUGAAGGAGGCAAACGGGGGGCAGCAGAGUCCAGCACCAGGUGCCCCCGCAACCAGCGAGUCCACACCUGCUGCCACUACCUCAACUGUUCAGAGCAGCGGCAUUAAGACGAGUGCAGCACUUAACCGAAUGCUCACAUCCAGCGAUACAGUGUCCAACGUCUCAGACACAGAAUCCAUGAAGAAGAGGAGGGAGCUGAGGCACGGAGACCGUGUGCUGGUUGGUGGGAACAAGGCAGGAGUUGUGAAGUUUCUCGGGGAAACAGACUUUGCCAAAGGAGCGUGGUGUGGAGUGGAACUAGAUGAACCACUUGGCAAGAAUGAUGGAGCUGUCGCAGGGACCAGGUAUUUUCAGUGCUUGCCCAGGUAUGGUCUGUUCGCUCCGACACACAAGGUGACUCGUAUCGGCUUCCCGUGCACCACACCCACCAAGGCCAAGAGCUCACGGAGGAAGUCCGCCCUGAAGAGAAGCCCGAGCGCUUCCUCCAUCAGCUCGCUCAGCUCCGCCACCUCCUCCAUUAGCGGCAAGCCCAGCCGAGCAGGACUGCUGACAGAGACAUCUGCUCGGUAUGCUCGUAAGAUCUCCGGCACUACAGCGCUGCAGGAGGCUCUGAAGGAGAAGCAGCAGCACAUCGAGCAGCUGCUGGCGGAGAGAGACAUAGAGAGAUGUGAGGUUGCCAAGGCCACGAGCCAUGCAGGAGAAGUGCAGCAGGAGAUGGUUCAGUUGAGGAAAGGACGGGAGCAGUAUGCAGUGGAGAUGGAGGCAAAGCUGGAUCAGCUGCGAUCGCUGGUGGAGGCAGCAGACAGAGACAAAGUGGAGCUGCUCAACCAGCUGGAGGAGGAGAAGAGAAAAGUGGAAGAUCUGCAGUUCAGCGUGGAGGAGGCCUGCAUCACCAGAGGAGACCUGGAGACGCAGAACAGACUGGAGCAUGCCCACAUAAAGGAGCUCGAGCAGAGCCUGCUCUUUGAAAAGACCAAAGCUGAAAAACUCCAGAGGGAUUUAGAGGACACCAGGGUGGCCACAGUUUCUGAGCGCUCCAGGAUCAUGGAGCUGGAGAGGGAGGUGGCCGACCUACAGCUCAGGCUGCGGGCGUCCCAGCAGAAGGAGGACGCUGCGUCUCUGUCCCAGCAGCAGAUCAGCAGCCUCAAGGCCCAGGCCCAGUCUCAGGAGAAAAAAAUCAGCGAGCUGAGUGUGGAUGUGGAGAGCAAACAGAAAGAGCUUCAGUCUGUGCAGCAAGAUAAGAGCUCAUUGGAAGAGCAGCUCAGCAGCCUGAGACAAAGGCUUGCGACAGCUGAGGAGGAGAACAAGAGGACAGCGAAGACCAUGCAAGAACUGGAGCAGAGUGUAGAGCUGUCAAAGAAAGACCACCAGACACUGAAGGAAGAGAGUCAGUGCAGAGAGAAAGAGCUGACACAGGCUACUGAAAAGUCAGAGAGGACUGCGCAGGCACUUGAGCAGCUAACGAAUGAGAACGAGACACUGGAGACACAGCUUGAGGCUUUAAAACAGCAGAACUCCAAAUACCAGGAGGAGCUGAGCCUGUCGAAGGAGCGGAGCAGCUCAGAAAACCAGAGAAUCGGAGUCCUCUGCAAGGAAAUAGAGGAGCUGAAGCUGGCCUCCCAGAAGUCUCAGCAUCUUGAGGAGCACAAUGACGGCCGCAACAGUCAGCAGGCAGACAUGAAGACCAGAGAAAUGGACGGUGAAAUGAACUUCCAGAAAUCCACUGGAACGUUAAUCUCAGACAAAGACCAGGAGCUGGAAACGCUGAGGAAUGAGAUCGCCGUGCUUCGUGGAGAAAACGCCAUGGCCAAGACGCUACAGUCGGCCGUGGAGACGCUGGAGAGGGACAAAGCUCAGCUGCAGAGCCGAGUCCACAAUCUGGAGCAAAGGCUCAUGGGAACGCAGGCCUCAGAGGGAGACGACUGGGAGGCUCCAUCCUCAGGCGACGCAGCUCUGGAGCAGCUGAGGGAGGAGAAGGAGUUCGCCGAGGGGCAGGUAAGACUGUCAGGACGAAAAGAAAUUCUAACAAAGAUAAACUUCCUGAACAGUGUGAUCGUGGAUCUGCAGCGGAAGAACGAGGAGCUGAAGAUCAAACUGAAGAAGCUCGCUCUGGCUGAGUUCAACGGCAACGAUGGGACUGAUAAGUUUGAUGAUGGUGAGUCAAAGCGGGAAAAGAAGGCGACUCCGCGUCUGUUCUGCGAUAUCUGCGACUGCUUUGACCUCCACGACACCGAGGACUGCCCUACCCAGGCCCAGAGCCCCGACUCCGUCCCUCACACCACCUACCGAGGCAACCCGGCCGACGAGAGACCCUACUGCGACAUCUGCGAGGCCUUCGGACACGCCACCGAGUCCUGCAACGAUGAUCAGACCUUCUAGCUCCGAAAGAUAUUUACCUGCAUUCAAAUUCCUUCCUUUUCCUCCUAAACUCACCUUUUCCUCCCCUGCUACAUCUCCCACAAUCCCCUCCAGCUAAAUUCCUGUCAGAUUUCCAUAUUGUAUUUUUAUACUGUAUUUAUGCAUAUCACUGGUAGCCACUGUCCUGAUCUAAAUCUCUACUCCGCUGCUCUUUUCUCUGAAGAUAAACUGUAAUGCACAACGCUCGUCCAAAUAUGCUGCCUAGAUGCAAUAUUGAUGUUUAUAACAAAAAGGAGUCCGUCCUCUGCACUCAACGUUUAUAUCGUGCUGUUUUGCAUUUAAGUUUGUUUCAAAAAAGUGUUGUUUUUUAAUCUUUAUUUGAUAUUGAGCAGAAAUGAUGCAACUUGAUUAAGCACAGUUUAAAUGAAGGGAAAAAGAAGCACCUCUACAUUACUGUCCUUUCUACCACAUUCCUUAAGUCUGAAAGUCAGAGAGAUACUGCCAUGUCAAACUGUUUACUAAUUUAUAAGAGUUACUCAUAUUUAGCAAAGUGCUUCUUCCAGCAUAUCAACCUAUGACGAAUUGUAAAGUCCAGGAAAAAUAUAAUCUAAUAUUCAAAAGAAAUGAGGCAUAAUGUUCUUAGAAAAGGCCGAAUUUUACAAUAAGUCAUAAUAUUAUUUUAAUUUAAACUUUAGGAAAUCUAAUCACAUUAUAAUUGUUUUUUUUAAAUGUUAUCCUUAAAAUAUAAUCCAAAUAUUAUGACUUAUUUCCAAAUAUUUUAUGACAAAAUAUUAAAGCUUUAUACUCAAAUAUUCUGAAUAGAAACCUGUGUUAUUGUUAACAUUUUAUAACUAUAAUAUAACCCAUUAUGGCUUUUUCUUUCUUUUAUAUGUUUUUAUUUUAUUUUUAGUGGCCCUAUAACUCUGUCAUUAUCAACCGAAAUAUUAAUCUAUGAAAAACCUCUAAUACUUUUGAGCAAAUUUCAGUCUUAACGUUGGAAAUUGUAGCUUCCAAGGUUUCCGGCUUUAUUCCAGAGCUUUGAACUGAAUGAGUCCUCCUCAGAAGAGAGCACAAGGACAUGCAAACAAAGACAAGACAACCAACUAUUUAAUAACCUUUACUGUAAGGGACAGAUUUGACACAUGAAGGUCAGUUUACUUGUUUACAUUUUGUAUAAAGUCACAGAUUUCUGUUUGGACAAAACAAUCUCACUAUGAAUAGUUUUAGAGCACCGGGAAUUUAGUGUUUUAAAUCAAAAAUAAAUUCGAAGCACUUUAAGGACUUCCGGUUUAUAUUGGUGUAGAUUUUGAGUUUCAUCACCAUGUGCAGAGCAGACACAAAAUGAACCACUUAGUUAGAUAGUUGUGUCUCUGUUUGUGUUGUCUCAUUUCCAUACAUCAUCAUUCAGGUUAAUACUCUCGAUUAAUGCCACUGAGAGCUCCGGAGGUUUGGUUUUAGUUGAUGAUGGCGUUGCAUUUUGUUAUUUAUUGUCUAAUCUUUUGCUAACCAGUGACAUUCCUACAGGGACAUAAGCUAGCACUGAUUCAAGUGUAAAGUCUGAUCUAGGACUACUAGAGUACAGGCUUCUGUCAUGCAUACACCUCAUGUAACAGAAUGAAAACUAACCAGAUAAAACGAUAGAAGCCUCUCCUUACUAACUUAGUUAUUCUGCACUGUCCACUUUAAAGAUUCAGCCGAAACAAACAGCGCUUUAACUUUGAUUCUAGACAAAAGUGAAUCUGUUUUUAAAGCUCGGUACAGAUUAUUCCGUCCCAUGUCAUACUGCCCUCUUUAAACUAAAGUUUGACUUUUUUAGGUUAUACACUUAUUUGCUUUCUGGUGGAGAGUUAGAUGGGAUGAUCGACACUACAAGUUAAGCCAGGUUAGCUUAGCUAAGUUUAGCACAAAGUGUGUAAAUGUUUGUGAGACUUUAAAGAAUCAAGAUAGUCAAAUUGGAGGUGCUCAAGGUCAUCACAUAUGUAUUCUUGUGGUGUAUUUAAAGGGGAACUGCAACCAUGUUACACCUGAAAGUCUGUAUCGAGGUGUUGGGGAGUAAAAACACCUAGAAAGCUUUUAGAAAACCCGGUUUCCCACAAAACGGUGAUUCCAGACAUCUAAAGUGCAUUCUCAGUACAUUUUGAGAAUAAAUAUAUUGCCUCGCUGAUUACAGUCGCGGCAAAAUAACUGAAUUAAUUAAAAACCAUAAAUUAAAAUGUUCCUCGCCAGUCCUCAUAUGAAUCAUGAUCAGGAGCUGGAAGAAGACAGUCUUUAACACGUGACAUCAAUCUGUUAGCUGGUAGACCAGUUGCAUUGUGGGUAAUGUAGGCGCCAUGUUUUGAGAAGGAAGAGGAAUAUUUUAUUUGAAGAAAAUGGAUAUAUUUGUAGGUUUUGCAGCAGCUUAUUUGAAUCUUUCUGUUUUAACUGUCCAUCCUUGGUAUGGUAAUUGAAUAAGUGCAAUAAUACGCUAUAUCUGGAGAUAACUCCUUUAAUAGACGGAUAGUAAAGUUGUUUCAAUCAUUUCAACUAACUCUACCUCCAAGAAAGUGAACAUAUUUCCCCAAAAUGUCAAAAGAUUCCUUCAGAUGAAGCCUGUGUAGCGACUUGUAUUCGACUCCUCUUGUUCUUAAGCACAAUAUCUGGAUCAUAUUGAAUCUUCCCGUGUAACAGUGUAUUUUAAUACAUGUGACUAACCAGUGAGUCUUUGUAAAUACUAAUCAGAGGCGUGCUUCUGAUAAAUGUGUACACGGUGCCAUGAGACAAAAUAAAGCUUUUAUGUGUACGACAUUUUAUUUUUCUGCCCUGUUGUAUAAUGCGAGAAAAACCACAUUUGUAUAGACUUUAAAACAUUGUGUACUUUAUAAGUGAUGCGUCUAAUUAUUAUUAUUCGUGUAAUGUUUUAUAUAUGUAACUAUUUCAGGCACUAUCUAGAAAUGAUUUGGAAACUAUUUUACAGAUGUUGACGUGGUGUAAAAUGUCACUGUUUUCUAUGUACUGUAUACUCCUGAGCAGUCCAAUAAAAAACUUUAAAAACCA